UAUAAAGCUUAAUAGGUGUAAUUAAACAAAGUGGGGGCCAGGAAGAGAAAGGCUGGGAUGACUGGGGUGAGCUGAUAGGGGUAAUUAUUUGUACUGAUUGAAGGUGAUUAAUUGAGGCUAGUUGUUCAGCUCACUGAUGGACCCUCAUAAAACACAGAGUCCAUUAGAAGAGAGAGACAUGCCAGACACACAGAGAGAGAAUAACCCCAGUACUAGUGGGCUGGGAUGACACUUUCACUCUUGACAGGACACAAUCAACCUGACCAGACAGGAAAGAGUUGCUAUUUUUUUGUUUUAAUGAUCUGUAAAGUUUCCUUACAAGGAGAAUGCACAGAUCUGGAUUGCUCCUGCUGUCGCUGUGUGCCAGCUCUCUGGUGACCCACAGCGGCGCGUUCAGGAAGUGAAGGCUGUGCGGGAUUCAGCUCGUGGAAGACAAGGGUGUAAAGAUGAGGAACAGCGCCCCCCUCCUGCGGCAGACUGGAGUGGUCGCUCAGAGUGGAGAGAGAGGCACUGACAGAAGCAGUGAUGCAAAGAGAGGCAUUGUAGAGCAGUGCUGUCAGUUCUACUGUAACAGUUAUGACCUGGAGAAUUACUGUAACACGGAGAAUCUGCCGCAUACACUUCGCCUGAUAAUGACUUUAUUAAUUUAUUUAUUAAUAAGUGUAUUUAUUGAUAAUGACUUUAUUAAUGCCAUUUAUUAUAAUGGCAUUAUUUAAGUACUGCCGGUUUGGGAUAUGGUAAGCCUGUUUGGAUGAUACCAUUGACAUAUAUAGCUACAGCUGUGAAUGAAGGAUCGCUUGAAAUAUUACACAAUGGGCAUGUUUAGGAUUAAAAUGUUUGCAUAUACGGACUGUUUUUGUUUGUGUUGCACAAAACAAAGGCUAGGAUGUUAGAAUGUUUAUUGUAGGCCUAUAUACACUUAUUAUAUUCAUGUAACUCAAACAGUAAAAGCAUGUCACUAGCAACACCGAGGAGGUGGGUUUGACACCCAGGGAAUGCAUGAACUGACAAAAGUGCAUAG